GGUGCACAUUUGUCAUACAGCUCAACCCACAGCUCGUCUGUCUUGACUUAUGCACAAGUGAAUGCUUCUCCGUUUCCUGCGUGUGUACCGGUAUGUCUUGCAGUCUACACGAAUGCGCAUGGAAAACGUGGUUCGCCGACUUUUACACGUACUUCUGCACUGGCUGGCGUGGAAUGACGAAGAUCUUCAAAUUUACAUGCAUAUUAAAUUGAAGACUCGUCGCCAAUCAAUCAGACUUCUUCAAAUCAAUAUCUUCUUGAGAGCUGAGCAGAGGAACAUGUUACACACUAGCUUACUGCACCGUUCUUAUGAGCUGCCGUUUCUAUGACUGUAAACUAGCAGUAGAACAACCUUGAACAGUGUGAGUUGCGAUAGCGAUCAUGUCAGUUGAAAAUGAGGAAGGCUCGUCCAUCGGACAGGGUCCAUGUAGCGAUGAGGAAAAUGGUAUCGAUCCACAGCAGGGCGGGGCUUCGUCUUUAGGGAAUGAUUCUGCAACAGGCGGGGCAUCGUCGGUUGGUAAUGAAUCUCUGACGGGCGGGGCAUCGUCCAUCGGUAACGGGUCAGCAACAGGAGGCAUGGAUUUAGUGGACAGUGAUUUGAGUGAUGAUGAAGAAGAAGGCCCACAGACUGAUCGAUAUGGAUUUUUAGGAGGGAAGCAGUUUACUGGAGGUGAGCUUGGACUACCUAUAGAGAUCUUAAGGAAACGAGAGCUGAAGUGGCUGGAUAUGAUUGAUGAUUGGGAGAAAUGGAUGACCAAGAAACCAAAGAAGGUUAGAGAAAGAUGUCGAAAAGGCAUUCCAUCUUCCCUCAGAGGAAGGGCGUGGCAAUUCUUGUGUGGAAGCAAGAGAGUAGUAGAGCAAAACAAGGACAAAUUCUUGGAGUUUGAUGCGCAAGAAGGUGAUCCCAAAUGGCUGGAUGUGAUAGAGAAGGAUCUUGAUAGACAGUUUCCAUUCCAUGAAAUGUUUGCUAAGAAAGGAGGCAAUGGACAGCAGGAUCUGUACCGCAUUCUCAAGGCAUACAGUAUCUACAACCCUAGAGAUGGCUACUGCCAGGGCCAGGCUCCGGUUGCCGCUGUGCUGCUUAUGCAUAUGCCAGCUGAGACUGCACAGGCUAAUUGGGAUAUUAUUAAGAAACUGGUGUUUUGA